GCGGCGGCGGCGGCGGCAGCAGCAGCGGGUCCCGCCGGGGCGGCCAUGGCGGCGCUACGGUGCCUCCUGCUGCUCCUUUGCGGCGCCGCGCUGGGGCCCGCCGUCCACCUCGACUUCGCCGAGCACCGCAGCCAGGCGGCCAAGAUCAAGGUCAACCCCCGCGGCAACCUCUGGGCCACAGGUCACUUCAUGGGGAAGAAGAGUGUUACAGGCUCCCCGCACCUGGACUCGCCAGAGGAGCCUGCAGUGCCAAUGGUCUUCGGUCCUUCUCUCAGAGCCUUGCUGGAGGACAUGAUGGAAUUGCUUACCCGUGAGCUCUUGAAAAUCCUCCUGCAAGAAAGACUUUUGGAUGAGAACCAAGGAAAAUAUGACCUCACUGACCAGUCACCACAGGAAGUAAAUGUGAGCCUAAAUGGGAUCGAAUCCUCUUAGGUGGGUCCUAUAUGUGCUGUCCCACUGAGCUGCUGUACUUGAGGAGCUAUCCAGUAACGCUGCACAGGUAAAGCUACUUCUGUUAUCCAAGUUUAAGGAGUGCUUGCUCGUAUUCUUUCCUUUUUUGGGGAAGGCACAGGUGGAGCAGAGUCACAGGGAUGCGAGCCUGAGUGGCACCAAUUGUUCAAGCACCUUCUUGACUCGGUUUCAGCAGACUAAGGUAAAUUGAGGCUUCCUAGAGAGCUGGUCCCAUCAGGAUAGAGGGCUUUCCACCAUGAAAAUAGAGCUGGGCAUGCCUGAAGACACCAGCCCACCCUGUUCCCCAUAAGAUGCUGUGUGCUGUGACUGCUGCGCUGCUGCAGCCUUUGCUUCUUGGAUGCAGCUGAAAGGGAGGAGAGGGUUGUCAAGGUACUGGACUCUUAUCCAUCCUCCCUGGGGAGCCUUUGAGGAGGAGGGUGUUUGCUACAUUAACUACCUGAGAUGGUGGGAGACCUAGUGGAUAUGCUGCCCAGCCUCAUCUGCUAAGACAUUCAUGAGCAUGUGGUGUGAGUUUGAUAAAAGUGAUCCUUGUGGCUCUCGUUUGUGUAGGUAAGUUGCAUGUUCACUGCUUGCACGGCAGAUGUGUUUGGGCAGAGGUUGCCCUGAGUGCUGGUGCUGUGUCUUAAGCUGCCAACUGGGUGCUGGUGCCCUGCUAGCCCUGUUGGUGCUUGUUCCCAGUGCUCAAUGGCAGGUCUUGGCCAGAGGUAGCACCCAGGACUGCACAUCAGCCUUCGGCACAUGUGUGUGCUGGGUGUGAGAGCUCUGCUGUUGAGGGUGAUUAGGCUCGUGGUCAAGCAGAUACUGGCCAGGUGCCUGCCUCACUGCACUGGUGCCUCUCUGGUUGGAGGUAGGAUUCCCUGCACACAUGUGGCAUCACAGCUUAGAUUCCUGAUGUGCAGCUGGCUCCUACCCCUCACCUUCUCCCAAAGCCUCUUGCAUCUCCUUGGCCAGUGACCUGGUGUGCCAGCCAUCCUCUUGGUGCCAGUGGAGACCUUGUUGGGUGAUAGGUCUGGGUCUGACCUUCAGGCACCUCUGAGCACCUCACUGGAUUCAACUCCUGCCUUCCUGCUCCUUUCUUCACCACCUGUCCCCGAGGGCAUCCUUGCCUCUGAGCUACCAUGUGAUAUUGCAAGACUGCUUCCCCCUGGUGCCUUUGAGUACUAUCUGUGUUAUACUUUUCUGUGGGACCUUAUUUUUUUCUUGCUCUUUUGGAUGACAUGGUGCCAAUGCAAAUUCCUGUCACCCUGACAGCUUUCUCCCUCAGUGUGACUGUUGUUGGACACCUGGGGUCAGCACCCAGCCUGUGCUCGAACUGAUCUGUGUGCAGUGUUUGCCACCUGCCUAACAAGCUGUUUAAUAGCUCUGCUCUGUGAAACUCUGUCCAUCCCCUACUCUGGAUCUGUCACUUCAGUCUCUACUCAGUUUAGAAAAACAAAUAAGCUUCUCCCUUUCUUGGGACCCCCCUGGUCAGCAAGGCAGGAAUUAACGUGCCCUCUGAGUGUUGCUCUGCUGCUCCAGCACGUGUGCUGCUUCAUGGAAGGAUAAGGGAACUCGACUUUUAUUGGAAAAACCCAAUGGACUUUUCCUUUUCUGAGGGUGUCAUUGAUCAUUCACAAAUAGGUUCUUCCUUUCUCUGGGGCCCCUCUACACACUAAAUAAAUCCCAGGGCUUAGUCUUUUUGCUUGCUUUCCCUUCAUGUGGAUUAGUCCUGCUUGUUGCUGUUGGAUUUUGUCUCAAGAUGUUUCCCAUCCCUUUGCAAAGCAGGAGCUCCAUGUUAGUGAUGGCAGAAGUAACACGCAGCAGAAAGGGUUUGCAAACAGGGAUUUGUUUUGUAUUUUUAAUGGUGUGUGACAAGGAUUUGGCUGGCAGAGGAGGAUCAUCCCCAUCCCUUGUCAUCUGCUUGGGUGUGUGAAAGUAUUUCUCCAGGCGGCAGACAGGGUGAGACCAUGUGUGUGGAGUAGAACAGCUCCAGGGGUGUGGGGAGAGCCCUUCUGUGUGAAGGCAGACACUGCCCUGCAUAGCUCUGGGACCUCUGGGCAGUACCCAGUCCCACAAAAUCCCUCUGUAACUCUUCCCUGCUGUGUUUUGUCUCUUUGCUUUCUUGUGUAGCUCUGUGCUGAAUCAGGCCCUGAGGCUGCUCUUGUUCCUGAAGCCCGACUCAGUGGCUGCUGUCUCAGUGAGCUGGAGAAGUUUGCUUCUGAUGUCUGC